AUGUCUUACCUUUUAACAGUAAGAAUGGGUGUGAAGAGGCUUACUAAGGAAGGUAAACUGCUAGACAAGUAUGAAGAAACAAAUGUAGUUGAUCCUGAGUAUAAGGAGGACCUUAUAAACAUUAGUACUGUAAUUUAUACUACUGGAUUAAUUACAAGUAGUAUUAUAUACAACCUCCUGUUCCUUUUGGCAUUCUACACAGAUCUACACAAGCUUAUGAUGAGAGAUGAAAAGUACUUCUCUAAUCUAGACACCUUUGUACCUGAAAGACACAUAGAAAUGGCUAAGACUGAAAUGAGCAAGGCUGAUUCUAUUGAAACAGUGAAUGAUACAAACAUCCUAUCUAUGUUUGACAUAAAACCACAUGUUAAUCCUAAGACAGGAAAAACAGAAAUCCCAAAACUUGAGUUUGAGAGUAACAAACAAGUAGUAUAUUUAAAGACUGUCAUCCAUGUCCAAUUAGACUAA